UCUCCAAAAGUUCCAAAUAAAUUCACUCAGAUCUCCACUAGUCUCUCUACUGUGUACUAAUCACCAAUAACAAAUCAAAGAAACAGCGCCAUGGAUGUGGAAAGGGUGUUCAGGAGUGUGUACAACCUUAACAAAGAUGAUGACAUCGUGACGCACAUCAAGAUCGCCAUGUCCGUUGCCUCUUUGAUCGAGCCCGACAAUCUGAAGAAGAGCCGCUGCAGAAUCGUCAAGUUAUUGUUCGCCGACAACCCCUUUCCCUCAGCCUUACCCUCAGCCACCGACGAUUCCGAUGAAGAAGAAGAUCAAGAUUUGGGUGGCCUAAUAAAAGACCCCCCUCCCAAGAAAGAUGAAAAACAACAAAAAGGGUUCAAGAAAGCUGUUGAAGAAGACUCUCAUCGUUGCGUAGUGGCGGCGGCGGCGGCGACAAAGAGGAAGCUCUGUGGCGGCCAGAAAGAAGGUGCAGAAAAGAAAGCCAAAUCUCCUCCUCCCUGCUGCGGUGGUGUCCAGCAACGGCUACAGGCAAAGAGGAAGCUCUGUGGCGACCAGAAAGAAGGUGUAGAAAAGAAAGCCAAAUCUCCUCCUCCCAGCUGCGGUGGUGUCCAGCAAAGGCUACAGGCAGAGUUGAAGAAGAGAAAGCCCAAUCCAAGAUACAUUAUUUGUUAGAUAAUACUCAGGCAGACAGAGAAAUUGAAAGGCACACGGUCACUGUGGGAUGACUCUACUGGGGAGAUAGCAGACAAAGUGGACACAUUGACUGCCGGAGAAGAUGCAGAGAAAAAUUACACGGAAGCGGCGACCACCUGCGUGGCAGGAUUACUAAACUCUGGAAUUUGUU